AUCACUGAGUAGUAGGCAUAGUUCGUGGCCUGUCUUCCUUGUUAUGUACAAUCUUCCUCCUUGGUUGGUGAUGAAAAGAAAAUUUAAUAUGCUUUCGCUCAUGAUCUCAGGACCAAACCAACCGGGGCAUAAUAUAGACGUAUACUUGGCACCAUUAAUUGAUGAUCUAAAAGAUUUGUAUGAGAAUGGUGUUGAGACAUAUGAUGGUCUUAAGAAAGAAAUUUUCAAAUUGAAGGCCGUGUUAUUGUGGACUGUUAGUGACUUCCCUGCUUAUAGCAAUUUAUCGGGUCUGAGCACAAAAGGUUACCAAGGUUGUCCAAUUUGCUGCACUAACACACGAGCACGUCGCUUGACGAAUGGACACAAAAUGUGUUAUAUGGGCCAUAGACGGUACUUGCCUCGAGAUCAUCCUGAUAGAAGGAAAAAGAAAGCAUAUGAUGGUACUGAAGAACGAGAUAGUGCUCCUUUGCCAAUGUCAGGGGAACAAAUUCUUGAACAAGUAGAACAUGUAGAUUUCAAGUAUGGAAAGACACAAAAAAGAAAGAAAAGAAAUAGUUGUUUUCAACGAAAGUCAAUUUUUUUCGUCUUCCAUACUGGAAAGAUCUAAUGGUUCGACAUUAUUUAGAUGUUAUGCAUAUAGAAAAAAAUGUGUGUGAUAGUAUCAUCGGUACCUUACUUGACAUUUCCGGCAAAACUAAAGAUGGUUUAUCAAGUCGUUUAGAUCUUGUUGAAAUGGGAAUUAGACAAUCUUUGGCACCUGAACAGAAAGGUAAACGCUUAUAUUUGCCUCCUGCAUGUUACACUUUGUCAAAGAAAGAGAAAGAAAUUGUUUGCAAAUCAUUAUCGAAUAUGAAAGUCCCUGAUGGAUACUCUUCUAACAUUAAAAACUUGGUAAAUACGGAUGAAUUGAAGCUAAUGGGUAUGAAAUCACACGAUUGUCAUGCGUUAAUGCAACAUUUGCUUCCAAUCGCCAUCAGAUCGGUCUUACCCAAAAAGGUUAGAGAGUGUUUGACUCAUGUUUGUAUUUUCUUCAAUCAACUAUGUGGGAAGGAAUUAGAAAUGAGCAAGUUGGAUGCAUUACAUGAGGAUAUAGUCAAGACUUUAUGCAACCUUGAAAGGUAUUUUCCACCAUCAUUCUUUGACAUCAUGGUACAUUUGAUGGUUCAUUUAGUGAGAGAAGCAAAGUUGUGUGGGCCAGUUUGGGCAAGAUGGAUGUAUCCAUUUGAAAGGAAUAUGAAAGUGCUCAAAAGCUAUGUGCGUAACCAUCAUCGACCGGAAGCUAGUAUGGUUGAGUGUUAUAUAUCAGAAGAAGCUGUUGAAUUUUGUUCAGAGUACAUAGCUGGAGUUGACACAAUCGGAAUCACCAAACCAAGAAAUAGUUCAGAUGAGUUUGAUAAAGGAUUGCGAGGGAAAGGAGAAAUGGUUACUGUAUCUAAGGCAGAGUUAGAUCAAGCUCAAUUAGUUUUAAUGCACAAUAAUGCAGAGGUUCAACCAUAUAUAACUGAGCAUAUGGAGUUAUUACAGUCAAUGAUUCCGAGAGGUCACAAAAACAAACAGAAGUGGGUUAUAGAUGAGCAUCGUAAAACAUUUAUUAGGUGGUUAAAGAAUACCAUUCUAGCGAAGUUACGACAACCAAAUCAUGGAGUAUCAGAUGUGUUGAAUCGCAUAGCUCUUGGACCAACUUUUGACGUAUGGAAGCAUCAAGCUUACAUUGUCAAUGGUAAACGGUUUCAUACAAAAUCUAGAGAUGAUGCUCGAAUGGUUCAGAAUAGUGGUGUAUGCAUAGUUGCGGAGUCCUUACAUUUUGCUACUUCAAAGGAUAAUAAUCCAGUUUCAGGUACCAUGACAUAUUAUGGAGUGGUGAAUGAAAUAUGGGAGCUGGAUUAUACAUUGUUCCGAAUUGCCCUCUUUAAAUGUGAAUGGGUAGAUGUUAAUGUUGGAAUUAGGACCGACGAGCUUGGAUUUACUUUGGUUGAUUUGAAUAAGAAAGGAAGCAAGGAUGAUCCUUUCAUCAUGGCGACCCAAGCAGUACAGGUAUUUUAUAUACCAGAUCCUGCUAAUGGUAAAUGGUAUGUUGUGUUGUCGACACCAGAAAGAAAGUUCGCAGAGAAUGAAGAUGAUGAUGAAAAUGAUGAUUUAAUGCACGAAUGCUUCAUUGUUGGACAACGAGUCCAUGAACAAGUCGAUGAUGUUGAACAUGAUGAUGUCUUGGACGAUAGUGAAUUCAUACGAAAUGAUAUUGAGGAAGGAAUUUGGGUUGACUGUGAUUCGAUCCAAAAGAAACGAAAAAAGAAAAGAAAAUGUGUUUAGUAGAUAUGGCAGAUGAUGUGCCGACACAUGAUUGCUCAGGAGAUGAGAACUCAGGAUAUGAGAACUUAGGUUAUUGUUUGCAACCUCCUAACCAUCGAGGUCCCACACGGAUGAAGCGGAUAUGCCAAAGAAUGGAUAAAGGUGAAAAAAUAGACCUUGAAGUUAAUGACAAAGGGGAAUACUUUGGAGAUAUGUAUGGAGAGAUGAUAUCGUGGCUUGGAGUUAGAUGCCGACAAACAAUCGGUAUCAAUUAUAAAGACUGGAGAUAUGUGGAUCAAUCGUUGAAGGACAAAAUUUGGAAA